AUGUCUUCUAGCGCAUUAUCGUCGAUACUUAAUAAACACAAUUUAACUGGCGAGAAUUUCACCGAUUGGAAAAGGAACCUAAAGAUCGUCCUAACCUUUGAGAAACUGAAUUUCGUACUGAAUACACCUUGUCCUCUAGAGCCACCUGUUGAUGCUCCUAAUGAGGUUUUCGUAGCGUAUCAACGCUGGAAGGACUCUGACGAUAUGGCUCGCUAUUAUAUGAUGGCGAGCAUGUCCACUGUGCUACAAGCACAACAUGAAGAUUACAUAACUGCUCGUCAGAUUAUGGAUAAUCUUGAGGACAUGUUCGGUGGCCAAGCCGCUGAAAAACGUCGGGAAACCCUUAGUAACCUCAUUAACUACAGACAGAAGGCUGGGUCUUCCAUAAAAGAACAUAUGCUGAAGGUGAUGGGCUAUUUGGCUGAAGUUCAGACCAAUGGGGCCGACAUCGAUGCUGAGUCUCAAUUGACCAUGAUCUUUGAGACUUUGUCGAAGGAGUAUAUUCCGUUUAGGGCAAUGUUCAAUUUGAGCGCUAGACAGAAUAUAACCCUGACAAAGUUGAUGCAAGAACUCCCAAAAGUUUGUAAUCAAGGGGUCGACAAUUGUGGAGGCCAACUUUGUUGA